AUGGCCCCUGUCAAGCACAGGCAGAUCUCCGCCUCCAUCCCGCCUGCAUCACCACUCGGCGGUAACGCACAAGCCCUAUUGGUUGUUCGCAACAACGGCUACAAUGAAGGAGAUCACCAGCAGCUGGCACAAAGCGCUUUCGACACCUCAGCAAGUGGCACUCUGCUGAGACCAAGCUUUAUAUCCGGACGCCUUCCGCCGAAAUGA